AUGGUAGUUGUUUGGAAUAUAGUCAAAUUAACAUCUCCUGAUAUUCAAAAGGAUAUUGUUAAAGUUGCUGCAACGGUCACUACUCAAGUUAUAUUGGAUGAUCUUGGAGAUGAUUUAUUUGUUAUUUUAAUUGAUGAAUCUCGUGAUAUCUCAGUGAAUGAGCAAAUGGUUGUGGUUAUACGUAAUGUAAAUAAUGAAGGAAAAGUUAUUGAGCAUUUUCUUGGUGUUGUUCAUGUUUCAAAUACUAGUGCUCUAACAUUGAAAUCGGGUUUGAAGUCAUUAUUUGCAAAAUAUGGAUUAAGUUUGUCAAGAAUACGUGGACAAGGCUAUGACGGAGCAAGUAAUAUGCAGGGUGAAUACAAUGGUCUAAAAAGCUUGAUUUUUAAAGAGAAUUGUUCUGCAUUUUUUAUUCAUUGUUUUGCACAUCAACUCCAAUUAGCUCUUGUGACAUUAGCAAAAAAAUAUUCUAAAACUGCUUUAUUUUUUAAUUUGGUUGCUAAUUUAUAUAAUGUUGUUGGAGCAUCAUGUAAGCGCCGAGAUAUUCUUUGUGAAAGUCAAGCUACAAAGGUGAAACAAGCAUUGGAACAUGGAGAAAUCUCUAAUGGGUGUGGCUUGAAUCAAGAAAUGGCAAUUAAGAAGGCGGGGAAAACAAGAUGGAGCUCAUAG